AUCUCGCUGGUGUUCCGUCUAUAUUGCCGGUACUCUCAUCAGUUUAUAACUGAACCGGCCCCUUCCAGUAGCCUCGGUACACUGCCCGCAUCUUCCGAGAGCCGCUGCGUCUUCUUUCUUGUGUGCUAACCUACCAGAGCUCGCCUCCAUGGCGAGGACUCCGGUGUUUCUCGCGCUCCUCAGCCUUGUGGUUGUGGCCUCAGCGCUAGCCACCACUGCCGAUGCGAGGAAGAUGGUCGGCGUGUAUGUGCUCAAGAAAGGGGAUUUCUCCGUCAAGAUCACCAAUUGGGGAGCCACUAUCAUGUCGAUUGUCUUUCCUGAUUCCAAAGGGAAUUUGGGCGAUGUUGUGCUGGGUAAAGACACCCUCGCUGAAUAUGUUAACGACACCUCUUACUUUGGGCCACUGACCGGGCGCGUGGCGCAAAGAAUGGCUAGGGGCCGAUUCGUCCUCGACGGCAAAGUGUACCAUACGUACAUCAACGACGGCAGGAAUGCAAUUCAUGGUGGUCACAGGGGAUUCAGCAAGGUGAUAUGGACGGUGAAGGAAUACGUUGGUGGCGGCGACUCCCCACACAUCACUCUGUACUACCGCAGCUUCGAUGGAGAGCAAGGAUUCCCCGGAGACCUGGACGUGUACGCGACGUACAGCCUGUCGAGCCCGUACGUGCUGAGCAUCCGCACGAACGCGACGGCGCUGAACAAGGCCACGCCGGUGAACUUCCUGCAGCACACGUACUGGAACCUGGGAGGGAAAGGGAGCGGCAACAUCCUUGGCCACACGCUGCAGCUCUUCGCGUCCCGGUACACCCCGAUGGACGAUGAGCUCCUGCCGUCGUCGGGCCGCGUGGUGCCCGUGGCCGGCACGCCCUACGACUUCCGGACCCCGACGCCGAUCGGCGCGCGCAUCCGGCAGGUCACUGGCUCCAACAAGGUCUUCGGCUACGACAUCAACUACGUCGUCGACGGGGAAGGCAUGCGGAAGGUGGCCGUGGCGCGGGACGGCGCGUCCGGGCGCGCCCUGGAGUUCUGGGCCAACCAGCCGGCCAUGCAGCUCUACACCGGCAACUAUCUGAACGGCACCAAGGGCAAGGGCGGGGAGGUGUAUCAGCAGUACGGCGGGUUCGCGCUCGAGACGCAGGGAUAUCCGGACGCCGUGAACCACCCCGAGUUCCCGUCGCAGACGCUGAGGCUCGGCCAAGUGUACAAGCAUGACAUGCUCAUAAAAUUCUCCUUCUAGUCGUAGCUACGAUACGUUCUUGUUGGGUUGCCUGUAACCGGUUCGAGCUAAAGUAAUAAAAUCAGAUUACGUGCACUGGGUCUCA